GAGCGGACAGAGCCGCGGCCGCUCCUCCUUCGCCCGGCCGUGAGACCGCCGCGCCCCGCUCCGCUCGUUCCGCGCCGCCCCAGCGCCCGCCCGAGCGCAGCGAGACCCGCCCGCCAUCACCACCGGCGCCCAGCAACGCGCCCAGACACCGCCUCGAGGGCAUUUGACCCUGUGUACCAAAGAGAUGGUGAUGGAGAAGCCCAGUCCCCUGCUCGUAGGGCGGGAGUUUGUGCGACAGUACUACACUCUGCUGAAUAAAGCUCCAGACUUCUUGCACAGAUUUUAUGGCAGGAAUUCUUCUUACGUCCAUGGAGGACUGGAUGCCAGUGGGAAACCACAAGAAGCAGUGUAUGGUCAAGCUGAGAUACACAAGAAAGUAAUGUCCUUACAGUUCAGUGAAUGCCACACCAAGAUCCGUCACGUGGAUGCUCACGCUACGCUGAGCGAUGGAGUGGUUGUGCAAGUAAUGGGAGAGCUGUCAAACAAUGGGCAGCCCAUGAGGAAGUUCAUGCAGACUUUUGUGCUUGCUCCAGAGGGUUCUGUUCCAAACAAGUUCUAUGUCCAUAACGAUAUCUUCAGAUACGAAGAUGAAGUAUUUGGGGAUUCAGAAGGAGAACUUGAUGAAGAAUCUGAGGAAGAGGUGGAAGAGGAGCAGGAGGAAAGACAGCCUUCACCCGAGCCUGUGCAAGAGAAUGCGAGCAGUACUUACUACGAGAACCAUCCUGUAACCAAUGGGAUAGAGGAGGCGCUGGAAGAAUCAUCUCAUGAACCUGAGCCGGAACUGGAGUCUGAAACAAAAACCGAGGAGUUGAAGGCUGAAGCGGAAGAGAAGACCCUUGAGGAGCUAGAAGAGAAGUCUCCAUCUCCACCUCCUGUAGAACCUGUUUCACUACCACAGGAACCACCAAAGGCUUUCUCUUGGGCUUCAGUGACCAGUAAAAACCUGCCUCCUAGUGGUACUGUUUCUUCCUCUGGAAUUCCGCCCCAUGUUAAAGCACCCGUCUCACAGCCAAGAGUUGAAACUAAACCUGAAGCGCAGUCUCAGCCUCCUCGUGUACGUGAGCAGCGUCCUAGGGAAAGACCGGGUUUUCCACCCCGAGGACCUCGACCAGGGAGGGGGGACAUGGAACAGAACGAGUCAGAUAAUCGUCGAAUAAUCCGCUAUCCUGACAGCCACCAGCUCUUUGUUGGGAACUUGCCGCACGAUAUCGAUGAGAGUGAACUGAAAGAGUUCUUCAUGAGCUUUGGAAACGUGGUAGAACUUCGCAUAAAUACUAAAGGCGUGGGAGGAAAGCUGCCUAAUUUUGGCUUUGUGGUAUUUGACGAUUCUGAGCCGGUCCAGCGAAUUUUAGUUGCCAAACCCAUUAUGUUCCGGGGUGAGGUGCGCUUGAACGUGGAAGAGAAAAAAACCAGAGCUGCUCGUGAAAGAGAAACCCGAGGUGGAGGCGAUGACCGUAGGGAUAUUCGUCGCAAUGAUAGAGGCCCUGGGGGUCCCCGAGGAAUAGUGGGUGGUGGCAUGAUGCGAGACCGUGAUGGAAGAGGACCCCCUCCGCGAGGUGGCAUGGCACAGAAACUUGGCUCCGGACGAGGAAGCGGGCAGAUGGAAGGCCGUUUCACUGGACAGCGCCGCUGACGCCUCCGCUGUGGGCAGACGGUCUCGGCAGUGGUACAUUAUCCAUCGUGUUUGCAUUCUUGUUAUUUUUUUUUGGCUUUGGAAUGUGACACAGCCCUUCUGAUCAUUUCUUUGAUGUGAAAGCAUCCUUUGGUUUCCAGUUUAAAUUGAGGUGGAUGUUCUUUCCACAGUUUCACAACAGGAGUCACGCUGUUAAUUUAUAAAUGUAGACUUGGAGAAUUGAGGACUGGAAAAAAAGACCGGUUAACUCUCCGCAACAAAAGCAAACUAAAGGACAUGCCCAGUAGAAUUCAGGUCCUUUCAGUCAAAACCCUCUGCUGCACAUUUUGUGUACAUGUUACUGUUUCUGCCUCUUACUGUUGGAAACACAAAUAGUGCAGUUUGUGCAAUUGCAGAAGCUUGCCUUUUUUUUUUUCCUUCUUAGAACACUCGGCUCCAACAAACUCGUGUUUACGCACUCAUCAGAGUGCACUAAUGGGUACUCUGAACUCCUUUGUAUCGGCAUCUGCUGGAGGCAUCGGAGGGAAACGCCUUCAUCCUCUUUCUCAGACAGAAUAGCUUGUGAAACAAUGCGGGCAUCUGGUCUGCUUGCUGUGACCAACAUGUCCACACGCAAACCUUAAUAAGACUACCGGUUUAUUCCCGAAGGAAUCCAUUUAGCUGUAAAGUAAGCAGAAGCCAGGGUUUCAAAGCCGUAGCCCUCAGUAGGCACCAAGUUUGGUAGCUCACGUCAGAUUUUUCUACCUGCCCCUCGUCAGUACAGGGAUGGCUGCUCAACACACUCCUCCUUCCCCACUCCCCUUCGAUACGCAUUGUACAGUGAAACUUGUCUUGACUGUAUUUGAGUUCUCUGGUAAUGUCAAAAGCAUGAUGGUGCCUUCUAUGAAUACAUCAUUCCAGUCUCGCUGGUGAUUUUGUACAGUAUCGUGUAUGAUUUACUGUGCUGCAGAGCCAAUCGGCUGCAACGCAUUUAAAGGAAAUCAUUGAAAAAAUGUAUUAAAAAAACAAAUUGCGAUAUCUUUCAACCAGUAAAUGUUGCUAAAGCGAUCAGCCACCUCGCUCUUGGAUUAACAAGUUCGCCUGGUUCUUUGCAGAGGGGGGAAGGGAGGAAGAAGGAUCCAAGUAGUCUCCAGGUUGUCUCUUCUCUGUGUUUGGUGUCAAAGAAAGCGGAUUUGAAGUCUCUUGGGCGUGAAUUUCAGCGGUCAGCCAAGAACGGUGAGCCCUUGUUACCGGGAGAAGUGAGCAUCCUCUGUGGGGUGAGCUUGUUGCCCGAGGAUACUGCGAUUUUUGGAGAACCAAACAGCAGCUCUUGAGUACUUGCAUUUUCCGGUUGCGCUUCUUGGAAAACUCUACUCAUUUUGCACACAGCUCAGCUGAAGCUGACGCUUGCGUGGCUCCGGACUGAAGGACAGAAAGGAGACCUCCUCUUCCGUCUGCCUUCUGGGCUGUUCCAGCAGAGAGGCCUGGAUGGUGUUCUGGAGCGCGUUCCCCUACUCUGCAGCUGCAGCGGGUAGGACAGGCCACUGGACACCGGGUCAGGCAGCAAGCACCGAGCUCGGAGGCAUCGGGAGGAAAGGAGGGGGUGUUUGUGUGUGUGUCUGUGAAAGUGCAGCCACGUAAAGCUGCUCCUGAGCGCGGGAGGCCUCCGAUAACACUCGUGGCAGUUUGCAGCAGGAGCAGAUAGGGCGUCAGAGCAGUCUGGCUCUGGAUUACAGAAUCACUGCCUGCUUCCGAGUAAGCUGGAAGAUUUUGCACAUAUCUUUCUGGUAUCUUUCAUCAGGCCAAGCAAAGCGGCAUCUGUCUCUUUUCUCCCAGACGCGGGAUCUUGUGUGUUCCAUGGUAAGUCUUGCACUAUUUCGAUAGCCUUUUUCUUCCAGUGCACGUUUCUUCCAUCUCUGUUUCCAUAUUUCGGUUUUCCAUUGAAGGUCUUGCCUUUUUGGCUGUUGCCUGGGAAUCUGUAGUCCUUGCCUGCCCACCACAUGCCAGCACUACCUGGCUUUGAAGCCUUGGGACGGACGGCUGCCAUCGGUGAGCAGUUUGCCGACGGCGUGUUUGGCGGAGCCUCUUCCGCGUGUUUUCCUUCUGUGGCACUGUGGUGGUUUGUGGCCACCCGGUUCUGCUGUGGCAAACAGCUCUGGGAAUGAGCUUGAUGACAAAAGACAAGGCUUGAAAAUUGCUGCCGAGCCGUUGUGCUUUCUGGCUCGCUGGUUUAAGCGACGUGGCUGACCGCUGGAGCGCCGUCCGGAGGAAGUUUACAAGGUGAUGGUUCACCUGCCGUGCCGCGGCCUCUGCGUGUUUUUGGCCCUCUUGGUAGCGCUCAUGCCUCGGCGGGGAGGAAGGGAUUUGCUGGCUGUUCCGUUAGGCGCUGGUUUGUGGAUGGUGGGAGUUGUCCUUGCGGUUCUGUUUCAACAACUUGGCUGACCGUCUUGGCUUUAGUGGAUUCCCACUGUUGCUGUACCGUGUUGAGCAUUAUCUGCUGGUAGAUCCUAGUUUAAUUGUUGCAGGUGGAAAGUAUUUUUUCUUUGACAUUUCCAUUCUGAAUGUGUUCUGCCUAAACAUGCCAAUAAACUACUGAUGUCUGCAGCAUC